AUGGCAUAAAUUUAAAGAAUUUUUAAUAAAAAUGGCAUUAUUUUUAAUGGCAAUAUUAAUUAAUUUUCAUUUUUCAGAGGCAAAUUAUUUUAAUAGAUUUUUAAAAACUAGAUUAAUGGCAUAGAGGCAACAAUUUUUUAUAAAAAAAAACUCGCCAAGAGGCGAAUUAAUGUGGAUCUUUUUUACACCACUUUUGCAUUAGAAUUAAUCAUUUAGAAGUUUUUAAAAUAAGUUUUUUAACAUUUCUACUUCCCCCCUGCAUAUCACCUGCAAAGUAGAAAAAAAUAAUAAAGGUUAAUCAUAUAGUAAAUUAAUUUCACAUUAUUCUCGAGCUUAAUUUUUCGCAGUGUAUUAAGCAAUGAAAGAAUACUUGUAAAUUAAAUAUUACAGAUGAUAACCUAAUUAUUUUAAACUAAAUGA